AUAUACACUCUCUUGCAUUCAUCUCCUCACGAGAUUCUGGUUCUGUUUUCGCCACCCCACCAUUCCCCAACUCGCUCCGAGUUGACUCACUCCUUUCCCUUUCGGGAUCAACCGUCACCGUCACCGCCACCGUGCUCCGUCGUCAGUGCGACCUCCUCCACCCUUCUCCUUCAAUGCAAAGCUCACCGUCUAUUCUCGCCGGAACAACCUCCUCCUCUUCCUCCUUCCCCUUUGGACUUUGACUUUUGCUUUCUCGCGAAUCCGAUGGGUCCCUUUCGCUUCCUCUUGCUCUUCGCCGCCCUCUGCUCCCUCCUCCGCCCCCUCGCCGCCACCGACGGCGACGCCGAUCCACUUUACGUAGGUUGUGUGCAGCAGUGUGAGAAAACUGGAUGUGUAGGGGAUAGAUGCUUUCAGCAUUGUAAAUUCUCAUCAGAUGGGAAGCCAAUUGAUGGUCCAUGGUACAUGCAUGAACCCCUCUACUUGAGGUGGAAACAAUGGGACUGUCGCACUGACUGUAGGUAUUACUGUAUGGUAGCUAGAGAGGAAGAAAGAACAAAACUUGGUGAUAAGCCUGUCAAGUAUCAUGGAAAAUGGCCAUUUCGACGUGUUUAUGGGAUUCAGGAACCGGUGGCUGUUGCUCUGUCUGCCCUCAAUCUUGCUAUGCAGUUUCAUGGUUGGGUAUCUUUUUUCAUUCUUGUGUACUAUAAGUUGCCUUUGAGGCCAGACAAGAAGACUUACUAUGAGUACACUGGAUUGUGGCAUAUCUAUGGGAUUCUAUCUAUGAAUGCAUGGUUGUGGAGUGCUGUUUUUCACAGCAGAGCCGUGGAAUUAACAGAGAAGCUGGAUUUUUCUUCUGCUGUGGCCUUACUUGGAUUCACCCUCAUUCUAGCAAUACUGCGAGCUUUUAACGUGAGGGAUGAGGCUACACGAGUCAUGAUUUCUGCUCCCUUGAUUGCAUUUGUGACAACUCAUAUCAUGUAUCUGAAUUUCUACGAACUUGCUUAUGGUAUGAACAGGAUAGUUUGCAUGGGAAUGGUUAUUGUCCAGCUUCUUAUUUGGGCCAUUUGGGCCGGUGCUUCAAACCAUCCAGCGCGAUGGAAGUUAUGGGCAGUAGUGGUUGGAGGAGGCUUAGCUAUGGUGUUGGAGACAUAUGACUUCCCACCUUACAUGGGAUAUGUGGAUGCUCAUGCUCUAUGGCAUGCAACAAGAAUUCCUAUCACAUUUUUUUGGUGGAGUUUUAUAAGGGAUGAUGCAGAGUUUAGAACCUCAGCUCUGCUUAAGAAGGUAAAAUAGUGCUGUUGACACAACUGAUCAGAUGCAGGACAUGUCAUAUGCUGCUGCUUAGUGCUUACUUUGAUUUUUGUACAUCAGAACUUUUUUAUUUUCCUCGUGUAGGCAUUUAUUUGAAAUGCUGCUUAACACGAUGGUUUCUGUGUUUUUUGAUUUUGUAACCUUUUGUGUUCCUCAUCAUGUAUGAGGCAUACUUUCUUAGUGAAAUUUUAAUUGCAAUGCCUUAUACGUUGGUAAUGCUUUUUA